GCAUUGUGUGGGAGGUGAAUUAACGCUUAAAAGUCAUUUAAUUUUUGAGAGCCGUGCAUCGGCUUGCCGGCGCCUAUCAAUUUAUAGAUCAACAACGAACCAGCAAGACAAUGCAUGCGUUGGUAUUUAGAAGUCAUUCCAGUGACGUGUGUCUUUUUGUUGUGCGAUGCGGACCACAAAAACGUGAAAAUGAGUGAAAAAAGAAGUACUUCCCAGUUACCAAAGACCUCCUCAUCAUCGUCCAGAAGAGUGGAUCAACCAAAUCAAGAACUACCGUCGACAAGUGGCAUCAAAGCUGAAUUCAAUAUCAAGAUAACGAUUACUCCAGACGAAAAUAGGUCAUUGCAGUCUCUAGAUGAGAACAUGUUGAAGCAAAAGGCUGAAGCUGAUGAUGAGGGCAGCUUUGUGACUGUGCCUAGCUUCACGAAAGAGAUUGCGACAUCAAUGGAGCCAGCAGUGAUUCAGAUAGCUACCAAGAGACACCAAAGUGUGGCUGCAGUACCAAUGGUAAUGGAAAAUGUUCCUCCUCCUCCAUAUUAUUCUGCCCAAUCAGGACCGGAAAAUAACAACAGGACAUCAGGUCCUCAAUCGGGUCCUGCAGGAGGUGAUCCACCCCCUUACACGCCCUAUACGGCUCAACGUAUCAAUUCAUUCAACAACGUGAAAAUGAGGAACCAGUAUGUUUUAAAGGUGUUUCUCAUUCUGGCCGUUCAGUUAGUAUUAACUAUUGGAUUCAUAUCUUUUAUCAUUUUUGACGAUCACAAGAGAGAAUUUGUGUUAAAGCAUGUUUUUUUAUGUUAUCUAACUCUGAUUAUAACCGUUGGAGUUUAUUUAUUUUUGGUAUGCUGCCCUCAAGUCAGAAGAUCAACUCCAUUGAACUUCGUAUUUUUAGGCUUUUUGACAUGCGGAGCAGCAUAUACAAGUGCUUAUGUAUCAUGUCUGUUUGACACCUAUACCGUCCUGGUGGCCUUGGGAUCAACAGCUGGAAUAUGUUGCCUUGUCACAUUAUUAGCAAUCCAAAAAAAGGUUGAUGUGACAAGAUGGGAAGUAUACUUGGGUAUAGCAAGCAUCAUAAUAAUUUUUUAUGGAAUAAUCAUCGUUGUAUUUAUAUAUUACCUGAAACUACAUAUACUGUUCGUGAUAUAUGCUGGAGUAUCCUGCUUAUUAUUCUCCAUGUAUCUACUGUACGAUAUGCAGAAAAUUUUGGGUGGAAGAAGAAUACAACUACUGCCCAAUGAGUACAUUCUUGGAGCUAUUACAUUGUAUACUGACAUUGUUGUUAUUUUUCUUAAUUUAUUUUGUGUAAUAGGACAUGGCAGAUUUUACUAAAUAAGAAAUACAGGAAAAAUAAUAAAGU